AUGCACGGACAAUUCAUCCCUACUGAUCAUCCAAAUGCUUGCGUUCAAUGUUUUAAGCCCGUUUCAAAAUUUGGUUUAAGAUGUAGUGGCUGCAAAUUAAAUGUUCACUUUACUUGUUAUAACCUGGUUGAUGGUGGCUUUCUCACUGAAUAUUUAUUAGAUUCAGGAAUUCAUAAAUUAUUUACUCCAAGGUUUUGUGACAUAUCUCAUAAUCCAAAGGAAUUUCUUUCUGACACUCGCGUAAAAUCAAAUAAUUCAAAAGCAAUAAUAAUUUCGGAAAAUCUUGCUGGUCAUAAAUUUCAUCUUGUAAACCUUUUUACCUUGGUUUUGUGUAUGAUUUGUAAACAACCACUUUGGGGAAUCAUGCAUCAAGGUUAUAGGUGUGAACCGUGUAAUAGAUUCACUCAUAAAUCUUGCUUAAAGUCUGAAAAAAUGAUUUCUCAAUUUCAAUGUCAUCCAACUGCAAUGUCUGAAAGUGAUGCGUUAAUUGAUUAUAAUCUUCUUAGAACUAGUUUUGUAAAUCAUUUUAAAGAUAUUUUGAUAUCGGAUGAUGCGGCUGCUACCUUUGGUAUUGAAGAAAUCUCUGUGAUUCUAACUAUUUUGCAAAUGCAAGAUGAUAUUCUCCGUAAUGGAAUAAUGGCGGGCUGUUUACUUAUAAAACAAGAAUCUCAUAAUCCUCUUUCACCCAGAGACGAACAAUUUGAACAAUUUGAAUUACAAGAUAAUAAAAAAAAAAACCAAAAAAAUUUUAAAAAAAGAAAAUCAUCUUU